AUGUGGCUUGUGACUCUUCGCCGUCCGGAUACACGAUUUGGGAGUUUCUUGCGGGCAUAUCUUCUAGGCACUGAAGAAGAACAACUUGUGCUUGACUGGGUCAAUGAGCUAGAGGACCAUAUCGAUGGAGCCACUCCGAAUGCGCAGGUCGUUUUAUACGCUGAUGAAGGCCUACGAAAAACUCUGCCGGCCAACGAAAACGUUCCCAAAACAUCAACAGUACCUCGACGACUGAUAGAGAUUACAAAGUUUACCUCGACUCCAACGCUACGCUUAAUUGCAACAAACGCAUCACAGAAACGGCCUUACACAGCGCUAAGCUAUUGCUGGGGCGGGGAUCAGAAACUGAAGCUACUCCAACAAAACAUCGUUUCUCUGUCGACAGAUAUUCCUUACUCGAGUCUUCCAUGCACAAUACGUGAUGCAGUCAAUGUCUCCGCUGAGCUCGGAUUCGAGCACAUCUGGGUUGACGCUUUGUGUAUUAUUCAGGACUCCGGCCAAGACAAGAUGGAAGAAAUUUCGAGAAUGGGCGAAAUAUACGAACAAGCAGCCCUCACAAUCUCCGCGGCCCGUGCAAAGGCCGUGAAUGAGGGCUUCCUCCAGACUCGAUAUAUCCCCGGUGAAAGGGGCUUCCGAAUACCCUAUUUAUGCAAAAAUGGGAAGAUAGGCAGCGCUAUAUUUUGGAAGGGAAGGGAGCCAGGGUUUUGGGACCCAAUCCACCAAAGAGCAUGGUGUCUUCAAGAGUCGAUCCUAUCACCCCGUGUUCUCGAGUUCGGCGCGCGCAACACGCGAUGGCACUGUGUCCGGCAUUGCGCCCAGAACAGAAACGAAGAUUCAAGCCCAGAGUCUGACGGGUGGAUCGGGGAUUCCCGUAUCUUCACUCGACACCACAUGUCUAGUCGGUUAGUUCAAGGGAUGGAUUGGGCUGCCCUUGAAGACCCAGAUGUAUUCACCAGCAUGUGGGAGAGCUUGAUAAUGCAUUACACAUGUCGAGGGAUAGGCUACCAAGAAGACAGACUUCUGGCCGUUUCGGCAAUUGCGAGAAAGAUGGGCCAUAUCGCGCAGAAGAAGUACAUGGCCGGGCUGUGGCAGGAAGACUUGACCCUCAUGAUGUGGAAGCCUUCGGACGCUAAACAGAGCCACAACAACGGGGAAAUCAGACCCGGAACUUACGUGGCGCCUUCUUGGUCAUGGGCCUCUAUUGGGCGCGCGGUUGAGUUUCCCAAUACUACGCUGUUACACGGCUUGAAGAUUGUGGACGUGGAAAUCAAAACUCGCAUUCCGAGCGACGAGUUCAGCGCCGUGGUCAGCGCUACAUUGACGAUACGUACAUUGGCUGUGCCUUGUCGUUUUAAACAUGCUUCUACUACAUUGUGGAGCCAUGAUUUGCAGCGGGAGUUGGAGGUAUUUGUAGAAUUCGACCUUGGCGAUCAAUAUGCACUGGACGUGCAAGAUGAUGGAGAGGGGUUACUGGCUUGGAUAUCAACGCAAGGAGGCCUCGUACUGAAGAAACAUGCUAACGGGGUGUCCCAUUCUCGUGUCGGCGUGUUUAGUGAACAUUUUCGUUUUGAAUUCUCCGAGUGCGACAGGAAAGAGAUGGAAGUGGUUAUUACUUGA